AUGUCAGAGGACAAUUUCACAGUUGUGGUGGAAUUCAUUCUCCUAGGAUUUUCUGAUCUUCCCAACAUGCAAGGAUUUCUCUUUGGCGUUUUCUUAGUCAUUUACCUGUGUAUACUGAUUGGAAAUGGUCUGCUAAUUGUCAUAACCAAGAUUGAUCCAUCUCUCCAAACCCCCAUGUACUUUUUUCUUGGGAACUUUUCCUUCUUGGAAAUCUGUUACACAUCAGUCACUUUCCCCAGAAUGUUGGCAGAUCUCUGGACCCACAAAGGAACCAUUUCAUUCCUAGCCUGUGCUGUACAAACUUGCUUCCUUUAUAUUCUGGGAGCAGCAGAAUGCUUGCUUCUGGCUGUGAUGGCUUAUGAUCGUUAUGUGGCCAUUUGUAAGCCACUCCUUUAUCCUCUUAUCAUGAAUCACAAGGUCUGUGUCCAACUGGUUGUGGUUUCAUGGGUGAUUGGGGUUCCAGUAAUGAUAGAUGAGACUUAUCGUAUUUUCAAUCUGAACUUUUGUGGAUCUAAAAAACUUAAUCAUGUUUUCUGUGAUGCACCCCCAUUAAUAGAGUUGGCCUGUGAAGACACAUAUGAAAUAGAGAUUUAUGUCCAUGUCGCUGCACUGAUAUUUGUCAUAACACCUUUCCUGUUGAUACUCAUAUCCUAUAUAACAAUAAUUACCAACAUUCUGAGGCUUCCUUCAAUCUCAGGGAGAUCUAAAGCCUUCUCCACUUGUUCUUCUCACCUCAUGGUGGUUGGAUUAUUCUAUGGGUCUGGAAGUAUUGUGUAUUUACGGCCCAAAUCCAGACAAUCAGCAGGAUCAGUAAAAGUGUUUGCUCUUUUCUACACCACAGUGACCCCAAUGUUUAACCCUCUAAUAUACAGCCUGAGAAACAAAGAUGUCAUUGCUGCACUAAGAAAACUACUUCCUAAGUAAAUCAAGUCAUGAAGCAAUUAGUUAAGUAGAUGGAUUUUGUUUUUCUUUUCUUUCAUUCCACAGUUACUACAAAAAUACAUAACUGGCU